AUGGAUAAAGACUUCCGCUACUACUUCCAGCACCCGUGGUCUCGCUUAGUCGUGGCGUACUUAGUGAUCUUCUUUAACUUCUUAAUAUUUGCGGAGGACCCAGUAUCUCACAGUCAGACAGAAGCCAAUGUUAUUGUUGUUGGUAAUUGUUUCUCCUUUGUAACAAAUAAAUACCCUGAAGGAGGAGCCUGGAGAUUUUUGAAGGUGUUUCUGUGGCUGCUUGCCAUUCUGACAGGACUGAUAGCCGGGAAAUUUCUCUUCCAUCAGCGCCUGUUUGAGCUGGAUAGAGCUCCGUACAUCAAAGCUUACAUCAUCGUGGGAAUUAAUGCUGUGUCUACUUAU